UUUCCUGAUGGCGCAAUUGCAGGGGCCGAAGUGCAAACAUGACGAUGGCGAUAACACGGGAUAAGAGAGAGCGACGUCCCACGUAUAAUGUAUAACACGGGCAACAGAGGAUUCCUUCGGGCAGACCCGAUAAGGCAGCUGCUGCUGAUUGAUAAUCGAUCCAAGAAUGGCGCCAAUACGAGGCACAUGGCGAGGAGACGUUCGUCCGAAUCCGGCCUUUUCAGAAUUUAUAUAAGAAGCUCUGCUCCCCUUUUCUGCUCUCCUUUUUUCUCCAGUUCUCAUUCUCUUAUUCUCACUCUGUCAUUCUCCUACGACAAGUAGGACCAUAUCGAUUUCAAGAUCAACGUUGACUCCAGAGUCAAUCCGACAGAGCGACCAAUAUGGCGACGACUGCGACCCAGACCCAGACUCACGAAGUCUCCCCCUACGACUUCUCCCAGCUGGAGCCCUACGUUCAUCCUCCCGAGACCAAGGAGGAUCUGCCCUGGUCUGAACUCGUCACUCUCGAUCUGUCCGACUUUGACCGUCCUGGCGGAAAGGAGCGCCUGGCCAAGCAGCUGGAGCACGCCGUCCACCAUGUCGGCUUCUUCUACGUGAAGAACUAUGGGCUCACCCAAGAGGAGGUCGACCGCCAAUUCACGCUGGCCAAGAACUUCUUCGCCCUCCCCGUUGACGAGAAGGCCAAGUUCGAAGUCGACUACGCCAACGCAGACUACAAUGGGUGGCGCCGGUCUGGGCUCCACUCAAGCGGCCCCGUAAAGGAUAACAUCGAGAUGUACAACUUUGCCAAGUUCACCAAAGACUUUGAGGGCAAAUACCAACAUCCCGAUCUCAUCAAGGCGCACCUCCCCGAGAUCGAGAAGUUCUCCAAGGCGCUGCACUCCAACGUCGUGCUGCCACUCCUCCGCCUCUUCGCCAUCGUUCUACAGCUCCCCGACGAGGACUACCUCGUGCGGCAACACACGUACGAGAAGCGGUCCGAGGACCACUUCCGCUACAUGCUCUACCACAAGCGCACGCCCGAAGAGCACGAGGCCAGCGGGUACGGGCAGACGGGCGGGCACACGGAUCUGGGGACGCUGACGCUGCUCUUCCGGCAGCCGAUCGCGGGGCUGCAGAUCCUGGGUGAGGACGGCAAGUGGACGUGGGUGUCGGCGCAGCCGGGCACCAUCACGGUCAACCUCGCGGACACCAUCUCGCACAUCACGGGCGGGUACCUGAAGAGCUCGGUGCAUCGCGUGGUGGCGCCGCCCAAGGAUCAGUGGGCCUACGACCGGACGGGCCUGUUGUACUUCGCGCGCCCGCAUAGCGAUACCAUCCUGGUCCCGAUCGAGGACAGCCCGGUGUUGAAGGCGGCGGGGGUGAAGUCGCGGUUCACGGAGCCGGUGAGCAUGGGCGACUGGGUGAAGGCGAAGCAGACGCUGCAGCUGAACCCGCAGAUCUCGGCGAAGAAGUAUGCGGAGUCGGGGGAUGGGACGGUGGAGGUCAUUGCCGGCUUUAGGGACCGGAGGUAUCAGUGAUGUAGC